AUGGUUGAAAUUAAUGGGAAAAAGGUCCACGGUAGGUUCUUACACAUUACAGACUUACAUCCUGAUCCGUAUUACGUGGUGGGAUCGUCACCUUCGGAACAAUGCCAUUCGGGGUCUAAAUCCGACUCGGUUAAAGCUGGGAAGUAUGGGGAUGCGAUAUUAGGGUGUGAUUCUCCAAUGCUUUUGAUGAAUAAGACCAUUGAAUGGAUCUCAGACAACUUGGCCGAUAAAAUCGACUUUAUUGUUUGGACUGGUGAUAAUAUCAGACAUGAUAACGACCGUAGGUAUCCUAGAACCGAGGAUCACAUCUUCAAUAUGAACCAAUUGGUUGCUGAUUUGAUGAUUGACCAUUUCCCCCAUAUCCCAAUUAUUCCUUCAAUUGGUAAUAAUGACGUUUAUCCACACAACUUAUUCAGCCAUGGCUCUACUUUACAGACUAGAGAGUUUUAUAAAAUAUGGAAAAAUUUCAUCCCACAGUCUCAGCUUCAUGUUUUCAAUAAAGGGGUUUAUUUUUUCAAAGAAGUCAUUCCUGGUAAUUUGGCAGUCAUUUCUUUGAACACGUUAUAUUUAUUCAAAUCAAAUCCUUUGGUCGAUAACUGUGAUUCGAAAAAACAGCCGGGCCACGAAUUAUUCUUAUGGUUGGGAUAUGUUUUAAAAGAAUUGAGAAAACAAAAUAUGAAAGUUUGGUUAACUGGCCAUGUACCUCCAAAUGAAAAAAACUAUGAUAUAAGUUGUUGGAGAAAAUACGUGGCAUGGACCCAUGAGUAUAGAGACGUCAUCAUUGGUGGAUUGUACGGUCACAUGAACAUUGACCAUUUCAUUCCUUUGGACUCUAAUAAAGCUUAUAAAUCAAUUAAAAAAGAUUUUAAAAUAUCAAACUUGGUUCUUGAUGAGGAAGAAGAUGAACAAAUUGAUGUGGAAGAUGAACAAAUUGAUGUGGAAGAUAAUAACAGCAACUAUUUUGCUUCUUUUGGGGAAUAUCAAAUUAAGAAAAAUUUCCAAACUCAAGGUGGGGUCCCCAAUGGUAAAGUUGGUUAUAUGGAAUCCUUAAGAAGAGACUUAUACGCUAAAGUCAAAGGUAAGAAGAAGUCGGGUGCUAACCUGGAAAGAUAUAGUAUAGCCCAUGUUGGUUCAAGUAUCGUACCAACUUUCAAUCCAGGUUUUAGAAUAUGGGAAUAUAACAUUUCCGACGUUUCUAAAUUUAACCAACCGUUCUCGUGGGAUUCCUUCUUCAUGAAAAUCGAUCAUUUAAUUGAAAAUCUUGAAGUUGACGACGAUUUUGAAAUCUCAAAGAAAAAGAAGAAACAUAAAAAGAAGAAGCCCGAUAAAACUUUCCCUCCGCAAUUCCCUAAACAUAACAAAUUGGGUCCGGCUUACACUCCUCAAUUCUUGUCUCCUGAAAAAUACGUUCAGUAUUACCUUGACUUGGAAUCGGUUAAUAAAGGUGAUAAACAUUUCGAAUAUGAAAUUGAAUAUAAAAGUAAUGAAGAACCCUUCUACUUACCUGACCUAACCGUUUCGCUGUGGUUGCAAUUGGCAAGAAACUUGGGUAAACCAACCAAAUCUAAAUUCGAAGACGGUAAGGAAUUGAAAAAACUAGAAAGUAUUUGGAAAUACUUUUUGAAAUUCAGCUUUGUCAGCUCGGAUUACGAAAAUAAAAAUUAUGGUUAA